CGUCGAGGUGCAACGUUCUUCCACCUCUCGUCUCCAAUAAUUGCUACAUCUUGUUCAAUUCCACAACUUGAAAUUAACAUUAAACUCGACAACAAUUGACCAAACUAAUUAACGGAAUUGACAUGUCAAUCAUGAUAGAAUAAAUCGCCAAAACUAAUCUGCGUUGAUAAUUAAGUUGACAACAAUAAUAAAUUCGCUGUUCUGAUCUGUUUUGUGUUAUGAAAAUGAUAAAAAUUGAGUGAUUUCAUUGAAUAUCUCUGUGAUAUCGGUAGUAAUUAGUAAUUGAAGGAAAGAUCGAAUUCUUCAAGAUUGCUCCCAACGCCAGGAAGUCCGCACAUGGCUCCAAUUUGCCAGACGGCGGAAUAGUUCCAAUCACCAUGACGAUGGACGUGAGCAAAUCGGAGACGAGUAAAAAUGGCUCCGCACAACAAGAGUGUGCGGGAUGUGGAAAAAUAAUUACUGAAAGGUACCUGCUAAAGGCCUUGGAUUUAUACUGGCAUGAGGACUGUCUGAAAUGCGGCUGCUGUGACUGCCGAUUAGGAGAAGUAGGCUCAACACUCUACCAAAAGGCCAACCUCAUUCUCUGUAAGAGAGACUACCUAAGACUGUUUGGUAAUACAGGCUAUUGUGCAGCCUGUUCCAAAAUAAUACCAGCCUUCGAGAUGGUAAUGAGAGCACGUACAAACGUCUACCAUUUGGAGUGUUUCGCCUGUCAGCAGUGCAAUCACCGAUUCUGCGUAGGGGAUAGGUUUUAUCUUUGUGAGAAUAAAAUUCUCUGUGAAUAUGAUUAUGAGGAGAGACUAGUAUUUGCGAACAUGGCGCUGCAUCCACCCGCAUCUUUAGCGCAUAUCAAAAGACAAUUACCACCUACACCUACGCCACCUGGAAAUGGACAAGGUCUUCAUCCUGGGCAUAAUCAGAUGCAGCACCAGCAUCCAUCGCAGACUAUGGGACAAUCCAUUCAACAUAAUCAUAUCAAUGGUCAAAUGUCAGGUCAAACGGCAACAGUAAACGGGAAUAUGAGUAUAGGACCCCGAGGGCCAGGCGAUAUGAACAACAAUGGUUUGUCAGGUUCAGGAAUAGGAGCAGUGAAAGCCCCACCAAUGUCAAUGCCAGCGCCAACGAGCUGAGACGAGGUGUCCCCGCCGAUGAAAAAACUCCGGUGUCUCGACGGCUACUAAACCACCCUCAACCCGAGGGACCACAACGUCCAGCUACAACCCAAAAAUCACGCAAACAAGAAACCACAAUCCCCAAAUGACCAACAAGGAUUGAAAAAACUUGUUGAAUCAUUUCCACUGCGAGAAUUCGCAGUAGUACAUCGCUGUGAUCGUGAAUUGGACAAAGUGAUAGUGAAUAAAAAAGUUAAAUUGUACAUGAAUCUAGCUAAGGCCAGGGCUUAUGUAAGAUAUUUUUCAGCAAUGAAGGAAAAUACGAGAUUGUAAAUAAUUGUGAACCAAGUGGAUUGAGAAUCAGAAUAUUUGAUGUGAGGGGAGGGGUAUACGAUUGUGACUUGAGACGAAGCCAUGGGUAACCCAUACAGCUAAAACCAAAGAAUGUAAUCGUAAGGAAAUCAUCGUCGCUCGACCGACCAUGUAUGAUUUGUUUUAAUUGAUAUCUUUCAAAAUGAAACCAUUGGAGAGACGCAGAAUGAAGCAAUUCAGUGAUAAACCCGAUGUUUUUAGUCAUAGAACAGAUACCAAACUUUAAAUACCAAGGAAAUGUAAAUGAAAGUCUGCAUAUACUAAACAAUUGAACCGAUCGUUUCAACUAAAACCUUAUUUCAUUGACAAUUUCACUUGAAUUAAACCACUACAUAAUGACUCAGAAUGAGAUGAAUGCAAACAGUACACCUCUCUGUAUAAUCGAGUACAAAAAAACCAAUUGCUGUGUAUAAAUGCACUGAAUGUAAAUGAAUGGUCGGAUGAAAGAGACAUGAAUAAUUGUGAAUUUGUUGUAAUUUUUAGUCAGCGUCGUAAAGGCACUCUUUGUUAUUCAUCAUUGUAUAUAACUUCAUUAAUUAGAGCACUAUUAAUUACCUAUGAAUAACGAAUAGGAGUUGCAUUGCUACCGAGAAAAGAGAUGCAAAAAUUGAAGAAAUAUACAUUCUUAUUAACACGAGA